AUGCGCCAUAUGGCUGCUUAUAUCCUCAUGUACGAGGACAAGCUUCUACCCGAAGAAGAAGACGCAUUGUUUCCACAACUGCGUGCUCAACCCCGCUUGCUCCGGGUGGCUUUCAAUGCAGCAUACAACGUGAAGCUAGAGUUGCUUCGGGAUGGUAUCAACACCGAUCAGCAAGAUGGCACAAAUGGUCGACUUCAUGAGACCCAGCUUCAGCGGCCUACCGGAGAUCUGCCAUUAGGGCUAGACAAUUGGUUCUGCUCUGUCACCAAGGGCGUAAAGUCAGCCGAAGACGACUUUGAGUCUGUAGUUUGCGAAGGCUACUUCGACCCACGAUAG